CUCAAGUCCGGUGUGAACCAGAACCACCACAAAGGGAGAAAACCACUUGCUCUACCCAGUGAUUCUCUUUUGCAAGAACAUCAAGCUGUCUCAUCAUACAUUGUUGCAACUUGCAACAGAAUUGUCGGCUUUUUCAAAUAAGAAGUUGACGUUUGUGGAAUUCAGGAUAAGCUCUAGUUAUUCCAACCAAAAGCUAACUCACUUUCUUUCCUCACUGACUAGAUCUAAGAAUGGGGAAAACGAAAGAAUUGAAAUUGCUAUGCAUCUUGCUGCUUUUCUUAGUAUCAGUUACUGCCAACAGAAGUAGCUCAUCUCAGAACCAGAGUCUGGAGAUUCAAACCCACUUGAAGAACUUGAACAAGCCUGCAGUCAGAUCCAUCAAGAGUCCAGAUGGAGAUAUAAUUGACUGUGUACGAAUUGCUCAUCAACAUGCUUUCGAUCACCCGUUACUCAAAAACCAUACAAUUCAGAUGAGACCGACUUUUUACCCUGAAGAUCUUUUUGGACAAAACAAAGCCUCCUCCAAAUCCAAGCAACAAUCAAAACCUGUUAGCCAGCUGUGGCAGUUGAAUGGAAGAUGCCCAAGAGGCACUGUUCCCAUUAGGAGAACUAAACAAGAUGACGUGUUAAGAGCAAGCUCUGUCCAAACAUUUGGAAAAAAGGUGCUACGAACCAUUCCUCAACCAAGUUCUGCAGGUCCUAAUCUUCUCACUCAAAGUGCCCAUCAGCAUGCAAUUGCAUACGUGGAAGGAGACAAGUAUUAUGGGGCCAAGGCAACCAUAAACGUUUGGGAACCCAAAAUCCAACAGCCUAAUGAAUUCAGUCUGUCUCAAAUCUGGAUCUUGGGAGGUUCUUUUGGGGAAGAUCUCAAUAGCAUUGAAGCUGGUUGGCAGGUCAGUCCGGAUCUGUAUGGAGACAACAAUACGAGGCUCUUCACUUAUUGGACUAGUGAUGCCUAUCAAGCAACUGGUUGCUAUAAUCUUCUAUGCUCGGGCUUCAUUCAGAUCAACCGUCAAAUAGCAAUGGGAGCAAGCAUCUAUCCUGUGUCUAGCUACCGUAGUUCCCAAUACGAGAUCACAAUACUUGUCUGGAAAGACCCUGAAGAAGGUAACUGGUGGAUGCAAUUUGGAAAUGAGCAUGUGUUGGGGUAUUGGCCAGGCUUCCUCUUUCCCUACUUGUCUGACAGUGCAUCGAUGAUUGAGUGGGGAGGAGAGAUCGUUAACUUUGUAUCUGAUGGACAACACACCUCCACACAAAUGGGCAGCGGCCAUUUCCCUCAAGAAGGCUAUGGCAGGGCCAGUUACUUCAAGAAUAUUCAAAUUGUUGAUGGAUCCAACAAACUCCGGAUUCCUAAGGCAAUCGCCACAUUCACUGAGCAAGCUAAGUGCUAUGAUGUAAAAACUGGCAAGGCAGGCAAUUGGGGCUCCUACUUUUACUUUGGGGGUCCUGGGCGAAAUCCUGAUUGCCCUUAAUUCUAAAUGUCAAAAUUUUCUUUGACAUUAAUAUUGUUAAAAUCAAUCUCUCUAAUUUAUUUAUUUUUGUCUUUUGAUUCUCACGUCCGAACGGACCAAGUAUACACCGCUUGCAACUGUAGGAUAACCCUUUGGCAUUAUAGGCAUAGCCAGGCAUCAUCAUCAUCAUCCGUCUGCCCGUGUCUGUACUUGUGUGUAGGACCACACAUUUAAAAUACAAGAAAGUAUUUUAU